CUUUGGCUGAUCAAUCGAAAACGUCAUAGUCGGUUCCUGUUUUUAAAGUGGAUUUUGGGAUGAUCAAGCUUCUCUCUAUCUAUAUAUUCCUAUAAUUAAAUCUUUAACCUUAAAAUUUUCAAGAUAAUGGGAAUAAUGUUUAAAUUAAUAUCAUAAUUUAAUAUUUCUAAAUUUGUGGUUACGUUUUGAACUAAACAUAUAGCUUUAUCUCCUUCAGUCUGGAGAUUUUUUAAGUUCAACUUCGAUUUAAAAUUAGUUUGUUAGCAAUGAUAGAUGAGACAUUUAUUUUUCACGGCAUUUUUGCCGUUAUGUGGCUUGAGUAUCUUUGGGAGUCAUAUUUAACAUAUAGACAACACCAAGUUUACAAGACAGUAGAUGCUGUUCCACCAGAGCUAGCUGAUAAUAUCAAUGAGGAAACUUUUCAGAAGUCAAGAGCAUAUGCUUUAGACAAAAGCUAUUUUUCUAUGGUCAAAGGUCUUUACAGCAUCACACUUUCCUCCGCCAUGGUUUGGUUUUAUCUUCAAUUUCACUUCUGGGAGUACAGUAAGCAGCUAUUACGCAGUAUGAGUCUUCCCAUGAACGAAUUACUUAUUAGUUGCACAUUUAUGAUUGUUACCAAUAGUAUAAAUAUGGUUGUACAUAUGCCUCUUUCUGUUUAUACAACAUUUGUUCUUGAAGAAAAACAUGGAUUCAACAAACAGACUGUUGGAUUCUUUAUCAAGGAUCAGAUAAAAUCUUUCUUGGUAACAUCUGUCAUAAUGGUGCCCCUAACAGCCAUGGCUAUUUACAUAAUCCAGAUUGGUGGAGAUUAUUUCUUUGUGUAUCUUUGGGGAUUCGCAAUGAUCGUUCUCUUAUUCCUCAUGACAAUAUAUCCAGAUUAUAUCGCUCCCAUAUUUGAUAAGUACACUCCUUUACCUGAAGGCGAACUGAGAUCAAAUAUCGAAAACCUAGCACAGGAACUAAAAUUUCCGCUCUACAAACUGUAUUUAGUUGAAGGUUCCAAACGAUCUGUUCAUAGCAAUGCUUACUUUUAUGGAUUCUUCAAAAACAAACGCAUAGUGCUAUUUGAUACAUUACUAAAAGACAAAUCAAAGGACGAUGACAAAGGCUGUGAAAAUGAUGAAAUCCUAGCGGUUUUGUCUCAUGAGUUUGGACAUUGGCAGUAUAACCAUGUAGCCAAAAACAUAUUAAUUACUCAGGUGAAUCUGUUCUUUCAAUUUUUUGCCUUUGGAUUCUUGUUUAAAUAUCCUGUUCUGUACCAUGCGUUCAACUUCCAUCACGAGCAGCCUAUCAUCAUUGGCUUGAUUAUAAUUUUGCAAUUCGUCUUCUCACCUUAUCACACUAUUACCUCAUUCUUUAUGACGAUGUUGAGUAGAAAAUUCGAGUUUCAAGCAGAUUUUUAUGCUAAGUCUCUAGGAAAAGCUGCAUAUCUAAAGAAGGCGCUGAUCAAACUGCAUAAAGAUAACCUCAGCUUUCCCGUGUACGAUUGGCUCUAUUCUUCAUGGAACCAUUCGCACCCUCCAAUACUCGAGAGGCUGGAGGCUCUCAAAAAAGAUGACUGAUAAAGAUUAGUUUGAGAGAGUCUCGUCACAACGCUGUCGUAAUUUUCGUCAUUAUAACGUUUUUUUACCUAAUGUUUCUCUUGAAAAAUCAUUGUUUAGUUUUAAUACCUAUCAUUCCUAUUUCUUUUUUUUUUUUUUUUGUCCUUAAUCAUUUAUAAUUUAUGUAUUAAGUAAUUAGCAACUGCUAUAUGAAGAAAUAUUAAGACUUAUUCACUAAAGUACUGACUUUUGUUUUUUAUGUAAUAUAUACUUUUUCUCAAGUUUGAUUUCCGAAUUAUGAGUAAUUCAUGCAUUUUUUUAUUUAUAGCGAUAGGUAUGUGAUUAUAUUUUAAUAGUAUAUGUACCUCUAAAGGACGGCAACAUUUUUUACUAUGUUAGGAUUAAACAUUAGCAGUUUUCAAAUAUAAAUUUUCUUUUAGUUUGUUUAUUAGUAUUGAAUGAAUUUAUUUUUAAAAACAAAUUGUUUGUUAUACUUUUUUAAAGAAACUCGUAUCUAGUGAUGGAAUGACCAAUUUUAGUUUGUUUACCUAUUAAGUCUCCAAUAAUAACAUCAAAUUGAUUAUUAUAUGCUUGGAUAGUUGUUCGUGUUUGAUAUUUAGAUGAUUUUUGUAAGGAGUGGGAGGUCAAAAUAAUAAUACACAGUUAUUAAUUAAUGUUUACCCAUUUUACAGGGCUUUAUCAGGCUAUUUUUAAAAAAUCAUAAUUUCUUUUUCAUGCAAAAUUAUCUAUUAAACAAUCAUUAAUGCAACUGAAUUCUGAUCUAAGUCCAACAAAAUUUUCUUGUAAUUCAAAGUCAAGAUGGUAGGUUGUUCUAUAGUUUCAAUACAUGGAGGAGAAAGAUCGAUAUAGGACUGUUUAAAGAAACUGUUCAGUCUAUAUCUAAUGAUAUGAAGGCAGAGAGGUUAACAUAAUGAGGCAAUGUAGCUCGUUACAUGAAGUCAAUGAAAGUCAACAGUAACCGGCUAGAGACCAAAAACCAGAUGGAUGGAUCAAAUCAACAAAGAUGCUGAAGAGCUGCAUGGAGCAAACUAUAAAGCCGUAGCACAAGUUACGGAAUGGUGGAAAAGGUUUGUUCAUGUGUUAAUCAUCUAUGAGGUCUAAAGCCAGAAAAAACAAAAAAAAAAGUCAAUAAUAAAAUAUGGUGUCAUUUUAUAUUAUAUAUAUAUUGUCUUCAUGUGCUAUCUUCGUUAUUUAUUACUUACUUAUUGAUCUUGUUUUUAUCAUAUAAAUCGUCAAAGUGGAUCAACUCUUAAAUAAAGCUGUUGUAUUAUAUUUUGAUGGCCAAAAUAAAUUUAAGAAUUCCUUUUUCCUAGACCAUUGUCUCUUAGAUGUAAUUAAAAGUAUUUAGUGUUUUUUAUAAUUGAUUAAGUAUAAUUAUUACGCUGUCCAUUUAUAAAUAAUUAUUUUGUCCAUUUUUUAAGAAUAAUUGUACCAGGUGCACAAAAAAAAACCAUUUGGAGGAGGUUAUAAAGAUUCUUCAAUUACUCUAACAGUAAUUGGAAAAAAACAAAAACGGAAUAAGUAGAUAAUAAUUGAACAUUGUGUUUUAUUAAAAUAUAAUAGUUUUAAUUCUGUUUUGUUGUGUUUAUAAACACUCGACAAACCGCAUCUUAUGCUCAAUUUUUAUUAUUUUAAAGACCUGUAUACGUUGUGUAACUAGUCAUAAUAUUUCAAGAGUAUAUUGAAUAUAAAACAUAUGUUGGGUUUAAAUACAAUUGUAUGAACUGUAUUUUUUUUUUUUUUUUUUACAGUUUCUCAAAUCUGAUGAUAUAUAAAGUAAUUGGAUGCAUUUAAAUCUUUAAAAAAUCAUAAAUGAUGUUUAUACAUCACAAUGUGAGAUAAAAUAUUUCAGCAUAAGUGUUUUAUAGAACGAUGAUUGUAUAUAAUUAUAUUAUAUACCUUUUUUUUUUCUCCAUAUCUCAGUGAGAAAUGAUAGAAUAAACUUUUAAAUUAUUUAAGUUUUUUUUCUCGGUGUAACCAAGUUUUAAAAAUUGUAUUUUGCAAUUUAAAUAAAGUCUAAUAUUAAAAUUUA